AUGAGUGACAGAAAAGCAGUAAUAAAAAAUGCAGACAUGUCAGAAGAUAUGCAGCACGAUGCAGUGGAGGUUGCUACACAAGCCAUGGAAAAGUUUAACAUCGAGAAGGACAUAGCAGCCUAUGUCAAGAAAGAAUUUGAUAAAAAAUACAACCCAACAUGGCACUGUAUUGUAGGAAGAAACUUUGGUUCAUACGUGACGCAUGAAACCAAGCAUUUCAUCUACUUCUAUCUUGGACAAGUUGCUGUUCUACUGUUUAAAUCUGGUUAAUCCUGCAGCUCAAGUGUAAAGUGUCCAUUAUUUGACAGGGAAAAAAACGAAUUUGUCUUUGUCUUUCUUUUUCUAUUUAGUUUCACCAUUACUCAAAGUGGUGGUAUUUGCAAAUAAUGUGAAUAUAUUAAGUUAAAAACACCCUGGCACGACAUGUAUCUUUUUAAAAAUAAAUUACUAUAUAUGUUGAUACUUUUAUUGUGUGAAUACCAAUUGAUAAUGAGUUUUAGAAAGAUGCACUCAUUCUUUUUUUAAAAUAAAGCACCAUUUCAUAAAUGACGCAAGGCUCAGUUUUUCCUCCUUCUUUGAUUAGCCUCAGAUAUGGUGGAUCCUGGACAUGGCAAAGGGCCAAGGGAUUGGCAAAAUAGUUUGCCAUAGCUUGUUGCAGGCCCACAAAAAAAUUGGGAAAGCACAAAAAAGGAAAAUAAAAUGGGAGAGAACUGGGGAGGGGAAGGGCAGCCGCCACCGCCCCCUUUUCCCAGGUCACACACUGAUAGUUUUGCAUGCCUCACGCUUUAUAUGCAUCAUCCCUACUAUCUGAGGGCCUAAAACAGGCUAAGUUUGCUAAAACAAGGUUCCACCAUAUCAAGGUUCUUUUGCAUUUUAUUUUACUAUUACUCGGAUGUAAAAAUAGUUCCUUAUAAUUAUCGUGGACUUCGUAUAUGUAGAUGUAUGUUAUACUGAUCAUGUUCCAAAGCUUGCUGAGGAGAAAUUAGAAGUAAAGCAAAUGAGAUGAAUUGUGGGCAGAAAGAGUGUGUUCCGUCUCUCUUCUUUUGCCCAUUCCAGUUUAGCUUUCCUGUUUGGCUAUAGCCUGAUUCACAGACAUCAGAGGCCCCUUCACUUUAGGAGAGGGAGAGAAGUGAAGGGGCUGUGAUCGACCUCAGACAUCUGAUUAUUGGGCUAUUUUGGCUGGUAACUCAUCCACUUAGUUGCUUGCUUCUCCCUAUUGAUAAGACUAGAAUAAUUUACGAGCCAAGCAUAAUGCUCAUGGAUUUGUUCACAUGAUCAACUACACCCUUGCAGCUUUGCUGCAAAGUGGUAUGUGAUGCCCCACUUUUCUUUCAGUCUGAAGAAAGUCUCUGGUACUAAGGGUGUCUUACAGUCAAACCGGGAAAACUGUGAACACCAGAAAUAUUUCUGGAAUGUUAUUGUGUUGCAAGAAAAAAGCCAAUCAGGCGAGAGAAAACUGAACUGCAAGCAAGAACGUCAAUUAGUUUGUGGUUUUGUGGCCAGUUAGCAUGUCCUGAUAUUUUCUCUGAUUGGUCAUAAAACAAUAAACAUUCCUGAGAUAUUUCCAGUGUUCAUGGCUUUCCUGGCCGCGCUGUAAUGGUGUUCACUACAACAAAUAUUUUUAUACCAGCAAGGAACUGGAAGUAAACAAGUAACUUUGUAGACUCUAUCCGGCUCAAAUUAGCUAAGUAACUUUAUUGUUUACUUUGAUUUGUUUUGUUUAGCUAAACUCUUUAGUAUGCGUUGAGGGGAGGAGUAGCUGUACGUGGACUACAGCUCUGUGUGUUAUAUUGCUGGUUUGAAUCCUCUCUAAGUUACAUAUUAUUUACUUAUUGACUGAGUGGGAGAGCCGGAUGGGAAGAUAUUUGGCUCGAGGCCAGAACGUACGGACUAAGCCAAGCAGGGUCUGUGUCAUGACAGAGAUCAGAGCCAAAUAUUAUCCUGUCUGGCCCAACCUAACUCAGUCAGUAAGCAUUUUAUGAUGACCGUUGUGUUUUUGAAUUUUUCUGAACGAGCGAACCACAUUAAUCAGUGUGCGCCCAAAUUCCCCCUUUCAACGCCGGCCAUGCAGGCUAUUGAGGCGUGGACCUCAUACGGGACUUUUUUCAUAUAAUUUAUGGUUUUCCAACGAAAUUGUGCGUGGGUCAUAUGUUAAAUGUACAUACCGUAAAAUUCCAAAAAUAAGCCCCUCCGUGUAUAAGUCCCUCCAAAUAUAAGACCCCCAAAAUCGCAACGCAAAAAACCCUCCAUUAAAUCGCCCCUCCUAAUAUAAGCCCUCCCCCGGGGGGUUUGUACUUGGAAUUUGCCCUCAAAUACAAAGAAAAACAAAGAAAAAAUGGUAAAUUUCCUUCCCACUACAAGCUAGCCCCAUCGAUUUUGAAACGCAAAUUUCCCUCCGAAUAUAAGCCCCUGCCCGGGGCUUAUUUUCGGAAUUUUACGGGUAUUUUGUACUUCCCCUGCCGGUUUUUUUUCAUACUGUUUCCCCUUCCCACUGAGAGACGUUUGAAAGUUUCCGAAGAGAACUGGGCAGUACAUUGAUUCAUGCAGUGCAUUAUGGGUUGAUAUAGGCCGCCAAAAUAAGCUACUCGAAAUGAACCAAUGAAAUUUGAAAUAUUAGGUGUACCAUCGCGUGGUUAAUCAAACUCUGAAGAAGGGAUGUUGUAGUAAUUUGUUUGAUUUGUAGCUGUUUGAGAAAGGGAAUAUCGGUGGCGAAGGUUUGUGUAAGUUGCGGAAAGCUGUUUUUAGACAAGGUAACCAAUUCGCUUCUUUUGUACAUUUCAUUUUUCUCUGUGCCUUUAAAUGUAGGCGUGGUCGUGAAGGGAGGCACCCCUCUUUUUUCGUGAGCUUCUUGGAGCGUGGUAUAUCUUAUUCUCAUAAGUUCGUUUUUUUACGUAUUGAAAACAAGUUGUACACGUCUUGCCUUUAUGUCGAUUUCUAGAUGACAGACCGAAAAUCAGUGAUAAAAAAUGCUGACAUGACCGAAGACAUGCAGCAAGAUGCCGUCGAGUGUGCCACACAAGCGAUGGAAAAGUUUAACAUCGAGAAAGACAUCGCGGCUUAUAUCAAGAAGGAAUUUGACAAGAAAUACAACCCAACUUGGCACUGUAUUGUUGGAAGGAAUUUUGGCUCGUAUGUGACGCAUGAAACCAAGCAUUUCAUCUACUUCUAUCUUGGGCAAGUGGCGGUGUUGCUUUUCAAGUCUGGAUGA